AUGAGUCCCAGGGAUGAGCUGCAAGGAGGCACACCCAACAAGACCACUCUGGUGGCGGGAAAGCUUGUACGAUUCAUCAUGUCCGUGGCAGAAUCCCAGAAUACCACCAUCAGCAGAAGCCGGCUGCAGAAAAGAGCCAAAGAGAUCUCUGAGAAGGAGGAAUGCGGCUCCGUCUCCUUCAAUGAAGUUCUUAAAGAGGUCAACAGAAUGCUCGGUGAUAUCUACGGGUAUGAGCUCAAGAACUUGCCGCCAAGAAGCGUCAAUCUCACUGGGAGGCAGGCUGCGACACAGGACCAGUCGGCUUCGAAACCUCAACACUACAUCCUGCUCGAUAACAAGAGGCCAAUGACAAAUCUCGAUGAUCUCAUUUUUUCUCAGCAGGUGAACAACUAUAUGCAGAUGAUACAAGACGGCCAGUAUAUCGGCGGCAGACUGAACUAUGAGACAACGCACACUUUAAACAACAAGCUUGGUUGCGAUUCCGACAUCGCUCUGAAGGGCUUACUGUGUAUAAUACUCUGCGUGGUUCUAUUCUCCAAGAACCACGUCCUUCAGCAGGAAUUAUGCGAACAUCUGGAAAGCUUUGGCGUCGCAACCGAUGGCUCCAACAUACCAAUCGUCAACCUCUCCUUUCCGGAACUCCUAAGGCUUUUCGAAAAGCAAGAAUACUUGAUAAAGGAAGUCGAACGUUCUGGCCCGGAACUCGACGUCGAAAUCUACAGAAUAGGAAGAAGAACGCAGGUAGAGUUCCCCCUGGAGUCUCUGGUACAUCUCGUCAUGGACCUGAUGAGCGUUACAGAUGAGCAGGCACCCGGCUUAAGACAAGACAUAGAAAGAAACAUUGCCGACUCCUACGCGACGACUCCCGACGGGGCCAAUUCAAACCAAUAA